AUGGGUGGUAUUCUUGCUUCGUGGACCUGCAAGGUCUGUAGAUCUCCUGAAGGGUUUGGUCCUAUAUCCUUUUAUGGCGAUUUCACUCAAUGUUUCAUUGAUGGUGUGAUCCUAAAUCUGUCAGCACUAUUUAUGCUAGCCUUCGGUACCAGGGAUUUACUUCGACUUUGUAAGGAAAGACAUCCUGGCGUGAAAUAUAGGCGAAAUUGGAUCAUCGUCUUUAGGAUGACACUUGUCCUAUUGGAAAUAGUGUUUGUUUCGCUUGCAUCUUUGAAUUUAUCUAACGAUGAGACAAGAAAUUUUACAAUUGUCAGUCAGUAUGCCUCUACCAUGCUGUCUUUAUUUGUUGCCUUGGCUUUACAUUGGAUCGAAUACCAUCGAUCAGUCGUAGCCAAUACCAUACUUUUGUUCUAUUGGCUCUUUGAAACAUUCGGUAAUUUUGCCAAAUUAAUAAACAUCGUCAUCAGACACACCUACGAAGGUGAAUGGUACUUAGGUAAGACCGCCUCCAUACUGACCUUGUUCCAGGUGAUUACAUGCGCCGGUAUCUUACUGCUAGAGGCUCUUCCAAAGAAGCCUCUUAUGCCUCACCAACACAUACAUCAAAAUUUAACGAGAAGAAAACCUAAUCCUUAUGAUAGUGCAAAUAUAUUUUCCAGAAUUACUUUCUCUUGGAUGUCAAGUUUAAUGAAAACUGGUUAUGAAAAAUACUUAGUGGAGGCAGAUUUAUACAAAUUACCAAAGAAUUUUAAUAGCGCAGAAUUAUCCCAAAAAUUGGAGAAAAAUUGGCAAAGUGAGCUAAAACAAAAAUCAAAGCCUUCAUUAUCCUGGGCUAUAUGCAAAACUUUUGGACGAAAAAUGCUUUUAGCUGCGUCCUUCAAAGCCAUUCAUGAUAUUCUGGCAUUUACUCAACCGCAAUUACUGAGAAUUUUAAUUAAGUUCGUUACGGACUAUAAUAAUGAGAGACAAGAUGAUGAUGAUUCUUCCAUUCUCGGUUUUCAAAGUAACCACCAUCAAAAGUUGCCCAUUGUAAGAGGGUUCAUGAUUGCCUUCGCCAUGUUUCUCGUGGGUUUUACUCAAACGUCUGUUCUACAUCAGUAUUUUCUGAAUGUCUUCAAUACUGGUAUGUAUAUCAAGAGCGCCUUAACUGCCUUAAUAUAUCAAAAGUCUUUAGUUCUAUCCAAUGAGGCAUCUGGACUCUCAUCUACCGGCGACAUUGUCAAUCUAAUGAGUGUGGAUGUUCAAAAAAUACAAGAUUUGACACAGUGGCUAAAUUUGAUUUGGUCGGGGCCUUUCCAGAUUAUCAUUUGUUUGUAUUCAUUGUACAAACUGCUGGGAAACUCGAUGUGGGUUGGUGUAAUCAUACUAGUUAUUAUGAUGCCAUUGAAUUCAUUUUUAAUGAGGAUACAGAAGAAGUUACAAAAGUCUCAAAUGAAAUACAAAGAUGAAAGGACCCGUGUUAUAAGUGAAAUACUGAACAACAUUAAAUCUUUAAAACUGUAUGCGUGGGAAAAACCCUAUAGAGAGAAGUUGGAAGAUAUUAGGAACAACAAGGAAUUAAAAAAUCUAACCAGAUUAGGUUGUUAUAUGGCUGUGACAAGUUUUCAGUUUAACAUAGUGCCUUUCCUUGUUUCAUGUUGUACAUUUGCUGUAUUUGUGUACACCGAAGAUAGGGCGUUGACUACUGAUUUAGUUUUUCCAGCUUUGACUCUUUUCAAUCUGCUUUCGUUCCCAUUAAUGAUUAUUCCUAUGGUUUUGAAUUCAUUUAUCGAAGCUUCUGUUUCUAUUGGUAGAUUAUUCACCUUUUUCACCAAUGAAGAGCUACAACCGGAUUCUGUCCAACGUUUGCCAAAAGUAGAAAAUUUUGGCGAUGUAGCCAUUAAUGUUGGAGAUGACGCGACCUUCUUAUGGCAGCGCAAACCGGAAUAUAAAGUUGCCUUGAAAAAUAUUAAUUUCCAAGCUAAAAAGGGAGAAUUGACCUGCGUUGUUGGUAAAGUUGGCAGUGGAAAAACUGCUCUGUUAUCAUGCAUGUUGGGUGAUUUGUUCAGAGUCAAAGGGUUUGCCACUGUUCACGGUAGUGUUGCAUACGUUUCACAAGUUCCUUGGAUAAUGAAUGGCACAGUAAUGGAAAACAUUUUAUUUGGACACAAAUACGAUGUUGAAUUUUACGAAAAGACUAUCAAAGCCUGCGCACUAACUAUUGAUCUGGCAAUUUUGAUGGACGGUGAUAAAACAUUAGUGGGCGAGAAGGGUAUCUCCUUGUCGGGAGGACAAAAGGCUCGUCUGUCUUUAGCGAGAGCAGUUUAUUCUAGGGCGGACACCUACUUACUCGACGAUCCUUUGGCAGCUGUUGAUGAACACGUUGCCAGACAUUUGAUCGAGCAUGUAUUGGGUCCAAAUGGCUUGCUGCAUACCAAAACUAGGUUACUAGCUACUAAUAAGGUGAGCGCUUUAUCUAUCGCAGACUCUGUUGCACUAUUGGAUAAUGGUGAAAUCAUUCAGAAAGGAACAUAUGACGAAAUCACAAAGGACGCUGAUUCUCCAUUAUGGAAAUUACUUAACGAUUAUGGUAAGAAAAACAAUAAUAAACGUAAUGAUAGUGGGGACUCUUCUAAAAACUCAGUUCGCGAAAGCAGUAUUCCAGUUGAAGGCGAACUGGAACAACUACAAAAAUUAGAUGAUUUGGAUUUCGGGAAUUCUGAUGCUGUAAGUUUAAGGAGAGCCAGCGAUGCAACUUUAAGAAGUAUUGAUUUUGGUGACGAUGAAGAUGUUGCUAGGAGAGAGCAUCGUGAACAGGGGAAAGUGAAGUGGAAUAUUUACCUGGAGUAUGCCAAAGCUUGUAACCCGAAAAGUGUUUUCGUAUUCAUACUGUUCAUCAUAAUAUCCAUGUUCCUAUCCGUCAUGGGUAAUGUUUGGUUGAAACAUUGGUCCGAAGUUAAUAGCCGCUAUGGUGCUAAUCCGAAUGCUGCCCGUUACUUGGCCAUUUAUUUCGCUCUUGGUAUAGGUUCGGCAUUAGCAACGUUAAUCCAAACAAUUGUUCUUUGGGUUUUUUGUACUAUUCAUGCUUCCAAGUACUUACACAACUUGAUGGCAAAUUCUGUUUUAAGAGCCCCAAUGGCCUUUUUUGAAACUACACCCAUCGGUAGAAUUUUGAAUCGCUUUUCAAACGAUAUAUACAAAGUGGACGCAUUAUUAGGGAGAACGUUCUCUCAAUUUUUUGUCAAUGCAGUGAAAGUUAUCUUUACUAUUACGGUCAUUUGCGCAACAACUUGGCAAUUUAUCUUCAUUAUCAUUCCCCUAGGUGUAUGUUACAUUUACUACCAGCAAUACUACCUGAGGACAUCAAGGGAAUUGCGCCGUUUAGAUUCUAUUACUAGGUCGCCGAUAUAUUCUCAUUUUCAAGAAACUUUGGGUGGUCUUGCUACGGUUAGAGGUUAUUCGCAACAAAAGAGGUUUUCACAUAUUAACCAAUGUCGUAUUGAUAAUAACAUGAGUGCAUUUUAUCCCUCCAUAAACGCUAAUCGUUGGCUAGCAUACAGAUUGGAACUCAUUGGUUCUAUUAUUAUUUUAGGUGCUGCGACGCUAUCUGUCUUUAGACUGAAACAAGGCACAUUGACCGCAGGUAUGGCUGGUAUAUCAUUAAGUUACGCAUUACAAAUCACACAAACGUUAAAUUGGAUUGUCAGGAUGACUGUAGAGGUGGAAACAAAUAUUGUUUCAGUGGAAAGAAUCAAAGAAUACGCCGAUUUAAAGAGUGAGGCGCCUUUGACUAUCGAAGGUCACAUGCCACCCAAAGAAUGGCCGAGUCAAGGUGAUAUCAAGUUUAAUAACUACUCCACCCGUUAUAGACCGGAGCUUGAUCUCGUUCUAAAGCACAUAAAUAUUCAUAUCAAACCAAACGAGAAAAUUGGUAUUGUUGGCAGAACAGGUGCGGGGAAAUCUUCGUUAACAUUGGCGCUAUUCAGAAUGAUUGAAGCCAGUGCAGGAAACAUUGUAAUUGAUGGCAUUGCCAUCAAUGAGAUCGGGUUAUAUGAUUUGAGACAUAGGUUGUCCAUCAUACCUCAAGAUUCGCAAGUGUUUGAAGGCUCCCUCCGUGAAAACAUCGACCCCACUAACCAAUACACAGAUGAGGCUAUUUGGAGAGCCCUAGAACUUUCCCACCUGAAAGAACACGUGCUGUCAAUGAGUAACGAUGGAUUGGAUGCCCAGCUAACCGAAGGUGGUGGUAAUUUGAGUGUCGGGCAGAGGCAGCUAUUGUGUCUUGCAAGAGCAAUGUUGGUUCCAUCCAAAAUUCUGAUUUUGGAUGAAGCUACCGCUGCAGUGGAUGUAGAGACAGAUAAAGUCGUCCAAGAGACAAUUCGUACAGCCUUCAAAGAUAGAACCAUCUUAACCAUCGCGCAUAGAUUGAAUACUAUUAUGGAUAGCGAUAGAAUUAUUGUGUUGGAUAAUGGUACAGUUGCCGAGUUUGACUCUCCAAGCCAGCUAUUGAGUAAUUCUGAGUCACUCUUUCAUUCGUUAUGCGCUGAAGCUGGUUUGGUCAAUGAAAAUUAA